GGAGAGGCCUUGAAGGUGUCACGUGAGUCCAGGUCAAUAUAUUGGGAGGCGAAGAAGGGCAGCCAUCGUCGUCGCCGCCGUUUGGGAGGUACUAGCGAAGGACGGACGCAACUUCAAAACUUUGCUCUCCGUUGACGGGAUUAAUUUACCAGCUGUAAGGAAGCUGAUCCUCUUCAAACAUGAGUCUAGAGGGGGGAAUGAGAUGCGUCAAGUACUUACUUUUCUUUUUCAACUUCAUCUUCUGGUUAUGCGGCCUGGCAUUGAUCGUUGUGGGAGUCCUGGUUCAGGUCGGCUUACAUCGGACUGUCAUGAUUCAGGACGCGUCGGCCUCUGGAGCCCCCAUCGUCAUCAUCGCCAUCGGGGUGGUCAUUUUCUUCAUCUCCUUCUUUGGCUGCUGCGGUGCCUGGAAAGAGAACUAUUGCAUGGUCACCAUGUUUUCCAUCCUUCUCACAUUAGUCAUCCUUGUUCAGAUUGCAGCGGCAAUCACUGGUUACGUCUUCAGAAACAAAGUCGCCGACGUUGUCCAGAACAGUCUGGCCGACAUGAUUUCCAGGUACAGCAACAGCUCCGCUGAAUUCAAGGGCAGCGUGGAUGCGCUUCAGAAGGACUUAAAAUGCUGCGGCAUCAACGGCUCCGCCGACUGGCUGAACUUCCGCCCGGACGGGAACUCCGUGCCCGACUCGUGUUGUUCGAAUGUGUCUACGAAUUGUGGCGUGGGGGCCAUGACGGACCCUGGCAAAGUGCACCAAAAGGGUUGUCGCGACGCACUUGAGGAGUUUUUGAAGAAAAAUAUCCUGUGGGUGAUCAUCGCAGCUCUUGUCCUCGCUUUUAUUGAGAUCAUGGGCAUCGUGUUCGCCUGCGUACUGAUGAGAGGCAUCCGGAGCGGCUACGAAGUCAUGUGAGUUGCUCCGUGUCAGAGUUUGCGGAAGACCACUUCACGGGCACUUCACUUUUUAUUUUAUAUAUAUUUUUUUUUUUGGGGGGGGGGGGGGGGGAAGAAAAUAGUGCACAGAACAAUCUCUCAAUCUCUCGUCCCUUUUAGCCUCAUCUUUGCCUAGGUCAGGAUUUUUUUUGUGGUUUGAUAGGCACGCAAGGUCUUUCUCCUACACCACCGUCUCCGUUUGUUGCCAUUUUUCUUGAUAAUUGACAAAAUUCUUCGCUUGUUUGCAGUAAGAAUUUUUGGAUUUUUGUUUUUAACGCUUGUUGGUUCCGAGUUUGUUUUUAUUAAAGAACCUUUACAUCCAAACUGG